UCUUUGAUAAGGACCUACAGCUAAGUCAGUUCUAUCCUAAUGUCUUUAUCAAAAGUAUAAACAAAAUGGCGACCACCGUUCAGACAUUAGCCAGUGUCUCGCUGCUAAUCCACACUGUUCUGUUUAUGUCCCUUAAUCUGUAUAUUUACUUCCGGUCCCAGUCUCUCAGUCGAGAAUAUAAACAGGAAACGGAAGUGCUGGACCUUUUGACAAAGAAUUGUAGGACAAACGAGGAGCCAUUUGAAUUGGAAAGGGAAAUUGAAAAGUUCAUUGAGGUAUCAGCAGUAAAAGAUCAUGCCAAAAAGAGACAAGUGUCUCCCCUCGAAAUGAUGAUGGCGGACCUCCUUAAGGCGCAGGAAUUGGUUCUUGAACAACAUUGCAUCAAUAAUACAAGACUGUGUGUAUAUGGUGAAAAAGGAGACAUUGGAACAUCCGGUGUGAAAGGUAUAAUGGGGGAGAAAGGAGAUCCUGGACCUCAACCACAACAAGGCACUUCCGGUUUACCCGGAAGUAAAGGAGACCAUGGACUUCCGGGAGAAAAGGGGGAUUUGGGUCUUCGUGGAGAUAUGGGACCCGUUGGCGAAAAGGGUGAUAUUGGUAACAAGGGCCCUAAGGGAAACUCUGGGUCAAUUGGAAACAAGGGUAAUCCCGGAGAUCCCGGACCUUCUGGCGAGAAUGGAACAAGUGGAACAUCCGGACUUCCAGGUGAUCAGGGUGAGCCAGGUGAAGCUGGUAUUAAGGGGGUGACAGGACCCAAAGGGUCCCCAGGACUCCCGGGUGAUAAGGGUGACGCUGGCCCGCGAGGACCCCCGGGGAAAGGAUUGGACCCAAAGUGUCUGUGUAAAGCUCCAAAACACAGAAACAACGUUAUACAGAGUGGAAUCUUGGAUCGCAUCAGGAUGACAUGUCCCACCGGAAACGGAACUCUAGUAAACGUCACCUGGACCAAAGACGGAUCUAGUCAACUACCAGUGCGCAUGCCCCGAGAAGGAAAUCACCUCAUCUUACCUGAAGUGUACCCCAGUGACGUUGGUGUAUACAGAUGCAAUGCAUAUGUUGUUGAUGAAACAGGAAAAACGGUAACAGUACAAGGAAGCUUUGAUUUACAAGUGACAUCAGGAGAUGACCCCCUGGAUUGUGAUUUCGAAAAAGACCUCUGUUCUUGGACUCAAGGAAGGGGUGAUGACUUUGAUCUGGCCCGUUACCAAGGCAACACACUGACCGCCAUGACAGGCCCGUCAUCGGACCACACGAUUGGCGGAAGUCCUGGAGGGUAUUACAUGUAUCUUGAAUCCUCUGACCAUCAGAAAAAAGAUGAGGGCAUUCUGGUGUCCUCGGAUUUUACCAACAGCGUAGAACCCGAAUGCUUGACGUUCUGGUAUCACAUGUAUGGAAGGGAUACGGACUCCCUGAGUGUGAUUUUGCAAGGAGCAUCAAACAGCACGCUCUGGAAUAAAUAUGGCGACCAAGGAAACGAUUGGCAGAGAGCGGUGGUGGAAAUCCCUACGUCACCAACACGUCAUAAGAUCAUCUUAGAGUUCACGCAAGGCGUUAGUUACCACGGUGAUAUCGCUAUUGAUGACAUCAUCGUAUUGCAUGGACCAUGUAAAAAGUUCAACAAAUCACCUCAGUGACGUCGGAGGCUUAGAAGAUCUGUAAUGUUAUAAAAUGAUGUCAAUAAAAUGUGUAUACUUACAA